UUCACUCGACGGCAGACAGGUGGUGGGAGAAGGUUGAUCGUUCAGCUGGUUCCUCGCUUCACAGGAUCAAGUGCAGACCCGGAAGAGAUUCGAACACGUUUGGCUGAGCCGGUUGCAAGAGGGGCGUUUCGGUGGCGCUUCUUGGGUUCUGGAACACAGCUUUUAGGACGUUCCCCGGAGGGAGAGAGCGCCCAUACAAUGAAGGUCAUUCUUUUACUUCUAGUUCUAUCAGCCAGUGCCCAAGUUCACUUUCCCGGCGAUUCGGGCGCGGGGCAGCCGACCGGCGAGAACUCGACCUCCGACGCCAGCCUCCUGGAUCUCCUGAGCACGACCAACCGGCAGAACUUCGGGAAUUUCGGCUCCUGCAUAACGGCCAACGGAGAAGCAGGGAUAUGCGGCCCCAUCCAGCAAUGCCCGUCGUAUGUUCCCCUUCUGACGCAGCUGCGAAACCCCACCGUACUCAGCUUCCUCCGGAGAAGAAUCUGCAGGCUUUUGACCAACACCGUAUACCUCUGCUGCCCUAACAGCGGAGUUUCCAAUCCAACGGGUUUCCCACAACCACAACCUCAGCCACAACCGCAACCUCAGCCACAACCGCAACCUCAGCCACAACCGCAACCGGCCAGUGUCCUGCCCUCUAGUACUGAGUGUGGCAUAUCGCCUAUCACCCGUGUCACUGGAGGGACAGAAAUCGCUGUGGGGGCCCACCCGUGGCUGGCGGCGGUGGGGACGCGCCUCGCGGACGGGCGCUUCUUCGCCAACUGCGGGGGCACGCUCAUCUCCCGCCGCCACGUGCUCUCGGCCGCCCACUGCUUCGACAACCCUGGCAUCGACGAUCCGGCCAUCGUGAUCCUGGGCGAACACAACCUUCUGACGACCGCCGACGGAGCGAGACCUCAGGAAUUCCGCAUCGCUAGUCGUCGCGGCAACGGCUACAACCGACGGACCAGCGAGAACGACAUCAUGCUCCUCACUCUGGACCGGGACGCCGUUCUUGAUGAUUUUGUGCAACCUGCGUGUCUGCCUUUCAGUGACCCGAACCGAGAUUACCUGAACGAGAAUCUGCUCGUGGUUGGCUGGGGAAGGACGGCAUUUGAGAACCGCAGGACAUCGCCGGUGCCCAACGAGGCUUUCGUGCCCGUCGUGGACAGGGGCCAAUGCCAAGCCUCUUACCGCAACGUCGAGACCCGGCCUGUGGUGGACAGCCGGAACAUCUGCGCCGGGAGAGGAGGCCAAGACUCGUGCAAUGGUGACAGCGGAGGCCCUCUGCUCUACCUGGACAACAGCAGUGACCAGUAUUACGUCGUCGGGAUUGUGUCCUUUGGGGUGAAGUGUGCCUUGCCCGAGUUCCCAGGCGUCUACACGAAGGUCGGCCAUUUCUUGGGCUGGAUCAGAAGCGUGGUGGAGACUACGUAGGCUGCAGGUCGGUCGCGUCGCAAGAGGAUCUCUGCAGUGUCCAUUUUUCAUCUUUUAAUGCAUCUUUAUUUUGUUCAUACUUUUCGCCCGGCGAAACCUCUCGCCAGCACUGGCGAAAGAUUUUAAAAGUACGGGCCUAAGGAUCUGAAUUUUCUGCUGAUCUUUUGGAAGGAUAAGGAUCUUUUUAACAAAUUUCAAGAGCCUGAAUUUAUUAGUGUCCAUCUUUUAAGAAUAUAAAUUGUUUUUGUUCUUUUAUCAUUUUCAGGAUUUAUUUUUCGUUUGUACCUUUGCACUGAUAAGGUUUCUUUCUUAUUUGAGGAAAAGGGCAUUUAUAUAGGUUAUACUUAGUACAAGUAAAUAUAUUUGUUUA